AUGGCGCUGUGGGAGGAUUUCGAUCACAUUUUUAGCUUCAACAAGAAGUACCACUACGAUGCAAAAGUCAUCGAUCAGAUUGUCAACAACCGAAAGGCGCUAGAGAACCGACUUUUCGCCGAUCGGCUUCUGGGCCUGCUCGGCAUCAAAGGAGUGACCAAGGUCUACCCGCCGAAAACGAAUGCCGACCUCCGAUCACUUUUUAAUCAUAUCAUCUCGUCCGAGCUCGACGUCCACCACAAGCAAGCGUUAAUCUAUUACAUCCUCAAAGAUUGUCGAAGUGCGCCAGAUGCUGCAGACCAAUUUGCGCAGACAUGUCAUUUACCGCAGAAGUACCAGCUCUUCAUUGAUGGUCUCUGGAACAUGGACCGUCUCGAAUUCCGACGUGCACUCGAUUACCUCGCCGACCCGUCCCUCAUUCCCACUUUUCCCGACGAGAUCCUCUUUGCUCUGAGUCUUUCUCAACUCCCGAAGCAUGACGACAGUCUGGCCAUUGCGUAUUAUCUCAAUGCUGCGCCGCCACUGGCAUCUGAGAAAGUGCAGCGGGCAUUUUUCGAAGUCAUGUGCCGGUCCAAUGUCACAGAGGCUUUCUAUUUCACCCGUAAAUACGAUGAACACAAUCGUCGCAGCUUAUUCGAGCAGUUGACCGAGUUCGUCCACAAGACUACUCCCGGUCAGACUCGGAGCAAGCGUGCUAUGGAACUGGUUGGGCUCCCGCUGGACGAGUAUGAAGAGGCCUGGUUCGAGGAGGCCUUAUUGCGAGGAAAUGCGAGCUCACUACUUGGGGCGAAGGACACUGUAAUGAUGCGACGACUGGCAAUUGGGCGGAUGGACGGUCUCGGGACCGAGUUGGAGUCUUUGGGAGGCAAGAAGGUGGACGGGUUAAACUGGGACGAUCUAAGGGAAAGCAUGCGACACACGCAGACCAUAUACCCGGAGUAA